UCUCCUUCAAUAGUCUAAUAAUUACGAUACGCGAGUCAGAGAAUCGGCCAGAGCUGCAGACAUUUGUACGGUAGUCACCUAAUUGUUGUCGAUAUUACCGAAGACCGUCAGUGUGUCUCGUCAAGCAGUCAUUGAAUUUCGACCGUCGUAGUUCCGCCCUUGACCAGUUGUCAAGUCGUCGUCCAUUUUACCGCAUCAACGAACAGGCCUAAUAGAUCCAAAAACUCCGGCACAAUGGCUGACAACAAAGCACAAAGCACAAAAAAGCCAACUGACUCCCAAAAGAAACUCCAAGAGUCUCAAGCUCAGGUUGAUGAGGUCGUUGGAAUUAUGAGAGUCAAUGUAGAAAAAGUAUUAGAACGAGAUCAAAAAUUAUCAGAGUUAGACAAUCGUGCAGAUGUUUUGCAACAAGGUGCAUCUCAAUUUGAACAACAUGCUACAAAACUUAAAAGAAAGAUGUGGUGGAAAAAUUUAAAGAUGAUGAUUCUUUUGGGAGUUAUCGUAGCAAUACUUUUGAUUCUUAUUGUCGGUAAGUUGUUUAGAAAAUUUAAUUUAAAUAUAAUAUAGAUGAUAUUAAUAGAAUU